AUGGCCGACGUUGUGUUCUAUUCCCUCGUAGCUCUCGCCAAGGCGGGCAUUGAAUGCUGUCAAAACGCCCAAGUCUACAAGGCUGAAGCAGUCCGCAUCGGCGAACGGCUAACGAUGAUAGUGGCUCUAGCGCGUCAAUGGAGAGGUGGUUGUAGCAACGAACAACUCGAAUGCUUUCACAGAGUCGUGGUCAAUGUACACGAAUGCAUGAAAGCUGCCUUUUUGUCUGAGAGCAAGAGUGUUGCAUGGAACAGAAAGUUAAAGGUGACGUUACAAUCUCAAAUGCUGCUCGAGAAUCUCGUCCAAGCGGAGAGCCAGUUGAACACCGCCAUCGCUGACUUUCAAGUGAUGCAGUCCAACACAAUCUUUUCAGACUUUCUUGACUUCAAAGAAGGGGUCAAAGAAAUGCUUGAUCGGUUUGGUUCGUGUGUUAUGAACCAAUCGGGCUCCGUUACAAUCAAACAGCAAUUUGAUCAGGUCUUGGCGGAGACUCAAGAUCAAGCUCCCGAAAUCGGCAUUUCCACUCCCGAGGAUGGUAGAUACAACGCAACAAUAAAAUAUGACCCUGCUGGUCAAACGGGUGGCAAGCUACAGCAGCGGAAAAAGUCAAUGUUUCGUCCAUCCGAAGAAGACGUGCUCGCAAUUACGCUCAGACCUUCCUUGUUAGUCUUUUGCGACGAUCGCAACAACCUUCUCGGAGGUGGAGGAUUCGCAGAAGUCUUUCACGGAACCUAUGACGGACGACCAGUCGCCAUCAAGCGCCUCAAUGUAUCCAUUCGAGAUGUGAUGUCACUAUCGACUAAGCAGAUUACUAGCGAUGUGGAACAACUUGCUGCCGAAGCUAUCCUAACCCACAAAUGCGGUGCACAUUCCAACAUCAUCCAGGUACUUGGCUGCAUCACCGCACUGAAUAAAACCACGAGACCCUUGCUCGUAAUGGAACUGAUGCACAUUACGCUAUUUGAUGCGCUGCAUGACCACCGUGUAAAAGAUAAACUGACAUUUUCCCACUGCCUCUUUCUGUUAAAAGGUAUUGCUGGAGCCUUGGAGUUUCUCCAUCUUCAAGGAAUUGUCCACCAUGACAUCAAAUCUCUCAACAUUUUGCUGAGCGAAGACCUCACCGUAGCCAAAUUGGCCGACUUUGGAGAAUCGAAAGUGAAAGGUCUUAACACAACAAAACCACGGCUUGAGAGAAUAAUGACAACGUCUUGUCAUCAGGGCAACAUAAUUGCAGGGACAGCAGCCUACCAGGCACCAGAGAUUCUCUCGGAAGAUGUCAAUGACAUAUCACGCGUUUGCGAAGUCUAUUCUUUCGGGGUCACAGUUUGGGAGUGCGUGACAAGAGAGAUACCACAUAUGGGUAAAAAAGAAGGGUCUAUAGCUCUUUUGGCUGCAAACAAGAAACACUUGCCUAUGCUUGCGAUGCCCUUGCACCCCUCAAAGGAUCUUCCAACAACAGAAAUCGGUUCCUGGGAAGCGCUGAGAAAAGUCGCCGCAUUGUGCCUCUCCCGCGACCGCUCGAUGAGACCCACUGCUUCUGGAGUUGUUGAGCUUUGGCACCACGUCGACACUCCUUCAUUCCCUCCGGAGAGCUUGUGUUAUGCCAGUACCAGGUGUGUUUCCGAUCCUCCACUACCGGCUCACUCGGCAUCUCAGAAAUCAACAAUUCGAGGCCACGCGUUGGAUGCGCCAGAUUUCGAAGAAGAAUCCAAGGCAGGAGGUCUGAGGAAACGUCGCUACACUGUACUGUCAGUUAUCGCAAUCCUUAUCGGGUUGAUAGUGAUCAUAGUUCUUCGCUUACAGAGGUCCAGGGCAUCUUCAGGUAAAUCUACGACAUUCCCUGAAUCGGAAGCGCCGUCUGGUAUUUCAAUCUCCACUCUCCCGCCCACCCAAUUACCAAGGGCAUCUCUGAUACCGCAAACAGAGGCUCCGGUCUCUUUGUCCCCACCUACAGGUCCGCCGCUGUCAUCCCAAUCUCUAACAACCCAGCCAUCAUCAACAUCCAUGCCGCCGAGAGCAGGUCCGGUUUCCACGACCCCGCCCACUAUUUCACCUCUCACGGCCCAAUCUCCAACAACAAGCACGCAACCACGUCUGUCCUUUCAAACAACACAAGAGCUUUACGAUGCUGUUGAUAUUUACACUGCCGCGACGGACUCCACAAAUUCUACGGCGGCAGUGACGUACGGCUAUCCCAUCGGAUCAUGGGAUGUGUCCCAAAUCACCGAUUUUUCGCAAGUCUUCGAUAGCUUGAAUCGAAACAGCGCGGUUGGGAUUUUCGACGAAGAUGUGAGCGGCUGGGAUGUCUCUGCCGCAACGACCAUGUCUGGCAUGUUCAAGGGUGCGUCUACUUUUAGCGGCGAUCUUUCGUUGUGGAACGUAAGCCAGGUAAGGGAUACGUCAUCCAUGUUUGAGGGAGCAACCUCGUUCGACGGUAACGUCUCGCUAUGGAAUGUUGGGCAGGUAACGAACAUGUCUUCCAUGUUUUUUGAGGCGAGUGCCUUCAAUGGCGACCUCGCUUCGUGGAACGUGGGGCAGGUAACGAACAUGAGUUCAAUAUUCUUCCUUGCGUCUAGCUUUACAAGCGAUCUUUCGUCGUGGAAUGUUGCACAGGUAACGGAUUGGUUUGCCGCGUUCAAAGGAGCAGCCGCCUUUACCAGUGACCUUUCCAAGUGGAAUGUGGGAAAGGUCACAAACAUGCGUUUGAUGUUCUACCACGCGUUUGACUUUAAUAGCGACCUCACGUCGUGGGAUGUUAGCCAGGUGACGGAUUUGUCGUCAAUGCUCGAGGGUGCGACCGCAUUCACCGGCAACCUCUGCUCGUGGCUCACACAGAUUCCACCGAGUUGCAACGUGGAUCGAAUGUUCUCGUUCGCCUCGUCCUGUUCAGACCUUGCAGCCACCGUACUCCCGGACGGACCCAUGUGCCAUGCUUGCGUUCCAAUGUAA